GCAUCGCAGGACAGUUCACAGAUGGCAAAACCGGAUGAAGAACCACUUUAUGUCAAUGCUAAACAGUAUCACAGGAUUUUGAAAAGGCGUGCAGCAAGAGCUAAAUUAGAAAAGGAAGGAAGAAUUCCGAAAGGAAGGAGGAAAUAUCUCCACGAGUCAAGGCACAAACAUGCGCUAACGCGUGUGAGAGGCGAAGGGGGAAAGUUUGAUCGUGGAACACGUGGCAGCUUAGUUCCAGCUUCAUCGAGCCACCAGGGACUUACGGAGAAGAUGCAAACGGAGUUUCGGUCGGAUUACGCAAAACAGCUCACACCAUCGGCAGAGAAUUCGGAAUCGCCACCUAGUGGUAGAUAA